AUGCGCCAAGGCUUCGAGGUCGACACGCGGAAGUCAUGCACGAACCACGCCAAACUCGACUACGACUAUUGCUGCGCGGCCCAUGACCCGUCAAUCCGCCUGAUCCGCCCUCAUGUGCUCGACCCGAUCGCGCCAGGACUCCGUGCUCGAGUUGAAGACGACGUCGUCGCCCGCAAUGGCGGCAAAGACAUCUACAACCGCAAGGCGCUGAACUUGCGAUCGCCACUGUUGGAAAAGCCACGUGCGCUCCAGCUCGACGAGCUUCGCCGGGAAGAUGACUUCUUGUUGGCCACGGAUUUCCUUCGAGACAAUGUUGUCAACGAGCUUGACAACCUGGCACUUACGCGUUCGAGCACGAACUGCAUCAAGGGCAGAGCGGUCUGGAAGUUCCUCGGCGACUCGCUUACGGGUCAUCGUGACAACACAACAUUCACUAGCUACCUGUUGGAUGCCAAGCGCGACGACGAGACGCUCGGACGAGAUGCCACUCGUCGGAUCACGCGCUAUAUGGGUCAGGCCAUAAAGAAGUGCCAGCGCACACUGGCUGACGAAGACGACACGCCUGUUCUGGAGCAGCUCAGCGAGCGCGUGCAGAGACUCCGUGUGGACAUGAAGCUGGGAAGGGCUCGUUAA